AUGAUAUCUAAGAUGCACUCUCAAGCCAUCGACCUCAAAACAGCACCCGACUCCGGAUCCGCCUCAACCACCACCGCCGCCGCCGUCUCCAUUCAUGAUUCCACGCCUUCGACGUUCCUUCUCCAGGCCCACAAUCCCAUGCUGGUGAGAAAAACGUGCAAGCUCGUGUGGAGGGGUGCGGUCCUCCGGAAGCAGACCUUGAGGCUCAACAACGGCCGCUAUGGAUACAGCGGCGAACUUGCACAAUAUUCAAGCAACCAAAACCGAAGGUGGUGUUGCGCGUCCGAAGCGGACUCUGUCGACUCCACCCCGCCCAUACCCGCCAAGGUACCACGAUCCGGCCGCGCUCCGAGCAUUCGUCUCCCAAGCCUCUUGGCCUCCGAACAAUAUCAGUCGCUCUUGGACCGGCUCACAUUCAUACUGCAAGUGCUCAGGACUCAGACAGGGCGGCUCGGCUGGCCAAGUGGCGCGUUCCCUACGGACCUUGAGAGAAGACGCAGGACCUUGAUUCUUGUGAGCGACGUAGGAGUAAUACAGUGCGGUACAAAUACGCCGGUACGUAUGCGGUUUGUCUAUAUUCACUACUCUACAGCUCCUCCAGUCCCGACGGCAUUGACGGGACUGCGAGGAAAUGGAAUUGCGAAACGGUCAUUGAUUGGACUCCCCCGCUCAUCUUAUUCGACCAACAAAUCUCCCGUCUACCACGGCCUCGAGCCAUAUGAGGUCACAUACGAUGAGUUGUUCAGAGAGCAAUCGUCGUGGCCGCUUUUUGACCAUUUCACUUUGCAAACCACAAAGCAGCGCGGCCAUCCCGAAUCAUCCAUCAGUCGAGUGUAA